AUGACGCCUCUUCCGCUUCGUGUUUUGCAGUUCUACGUUCUGGGGGCGGUGCUGGCCCCGAUCCGUGUCGCCCUGGCCUUUGUCGUUCUGUUCCUCAUCUGGCCCUUCGCCCUUCUCCAGGUGGUGGGGCUCCCGGAGGAGACACUGCAGGAACCGUUCUCUGGAUGGAGGAAGUAUCUGGGGGCGGUGCUGGCCCCGAUCCGUGUCGCCCUGGCCUUUGUCGUUCUGUUCCUCAUCUGGCCCUUCGCCCUUCUCCAGGUGGUGGGGCUCCCGGAGGAGACACUGCAGGAACCGUUCUCUGGAUGGAGGAACACCAUUUCCCACGGUUCCGUCUACCUGCUGAGCCGCCUGAUGUUCUUCUUGCUGGGCUUCAUGCGGAUACGAGUGCGGGGUCAGAGGGCAUCGCGGCUCGAGGCUCCCAUCCUGGUGGCCGCCCCCCACUCGACCUUCUUUGACCCUAUCAUCCUGCUGCCCUGCGACCUUCCCAAGGUGGUGUCUCGCACGGAGAACCUCCACGUGCCCGUCAUUGGAGGUGCCUUUAUAUCUGGUGUCCCCAUCCAGCCGGUCCUCAUCCGAUAUCCCAACAGUGUGGAUUCAACCACCUGGGCGUGGAGAGGACCUGGCGUGUUGAAGGUCAUCUGGCUAACAGCGUCCCAGCUCUGCACUACUGUGGAAAUGGAGUUCCUCCCAGUUUAUCAACCCAGCGCUGAAGAGGCGGUGAACCCUACGCUGUACGCUAACAACGUCCAGAAAGUCAUGGCCCGGGCCCUGGGAAUCCCUGCCACAGACUGUGAGUUCGUGGGCAACCUUCCAGUCACUGUAGUGGGGCGUCUGAGGGUGACACUGGAGCCGCGCGUCUGGGAACUGGGCAAGCUGCUUCGCAAGGCCAGGUGCCUGCCAGUGGGAGCCAAGUGCCCGUCGGAGCCCUGCCCUGUUUCUGCCUCAGGGCAGCUAGGGCCGACAGAGCUGGCCCGUUGUUUGGGGCUGGCCCGUCCCGAGGAUGUGGAGGGGCUCAUGAACUAUUUUCAACAGGACUCUGAGGGAAAGACAGACUCCCGGGAAGUCUCCUUGGCCUUGGAAACAUUAGAGGGAGAGUACGACCCCCAGCAACUGUCAUGCCGUGCCUUUGAGCUGUUCUCGGAGACGCACACUGAGACGGGGGACCGCCGACUGCACCAGGACGGGUUCUGUGCCGUUUUGCGUCUACUGCUGGGCACGCCCAGAUCGGACGGGGCGGAACUCUACAGCCGGCUCUGCGGGGACCACAGCCAGGACGGACUCACCCUCGAUGAGUUCCAGGACUUCUCUCUCCGUCACCCUGACUAUGCUCGCCUGUUUAGCACGUAUUUACGCCUCCCUGCGGCCUGCACUCUGACCAAGCCUGGCCCCCCACCCGCCUACGCUAAUGGCACCCCUGCAGCAGCCUCUCCCAAAAGCAAGGCAGACUGAAAACCCGCCCAAACCUCUUUAGCCAUGUGUAUCCAAAACAAAGACAAAAACCCCACACACAGCCAUGCCACACCCUUGGCCACGCAGACCCCUCCCUCCGCUCGCUUGCUAGCUCCGUGCCGCCAUGGUGGUUGGGCAGGGGGGGGCGGAGACACCGCCAUCUCAGGGCAACCGUAACCGGGGAACCAGA